AUGGACCUCUCCCCCCUGCGCCACCUGGUCCGCUCACAUCCGGUCAUCGACAACCAUGCCCAUAAUCUGUUGACCGCCUCCGCCACCCGCAACUAUGCCCGGUACCCGCUGGAACAGAUCACCUCGGAGGCACAAGGCGCCGCUCUGGCCAACGCCCCCGCCAGCCUGCCGCUGCUGCGCGCUGCCGGGGAGUUGCGCUGGCUCUAUGGCAGUGCCUCGGACGACUGGCUCGCCGUGAAAGCGGCCCGGGAGGACUGGGUGCGUCGGGACUACGACGGACUGGUGCGUCGCUGUCUAGAGGGUACGCACGUCCUAUUACUAGACGAUCUACUCACUGAAGACGAUAUCGAGUCAUAUGUCUGGCAUGAUCGGUUCACGACGGGGUCCACGCGGCGCAUCGUACGCAUCGAAACGCUGGCGACACGCUCCCUGCGCCGACUCCGAGAAUCGGGUUCAAAUCCCCGACGUUUCUCCGAGACAUCCUCGUCGUCAUCGACAUCAUUAUCGUGGACGGAAUUCCGUGAUGAUUGGGAACGGCAGAUCCGCAUGGCCAUUGCCGACCCCGCCGUGGUGGGGUUCAAGUCCGUGGUCUGUUACCGAACAGGGCUUAACGUGAACCCGUACGACGAGGACGAGGAUGUGCUUCAGGCGUCCUUCAUGCGAUGUUUGAACCACCCUGAGGCCCGCGUCGAGGAUAAACCGCUGAACGACUGGCUCGUACGACAGACUCUGAUUCUCCUGGCCGCGUCGCCGGAUGUCCGCAAACCGCUGCAGCUGCACACAGGACUGGGCGACAGCGACAUCGACCUGGUGCUCUCCAACCCGGCGUAUCUGCAGCCGUUGGUGGCGCGGUUCCCCUCGGUGGAUAUUGUGCUGCUGCACUCGGCGUAUCCUUACACGCGUCAGGCGGGAUAUCUGGCAUGCGUCUACGACAAUGUCUAUCUGGAUCUGGGCGAGGUGUUUCCCAUGGUGAGUCGCGACGGUCAGAAGAAGAUCCUGCGUGAGGCGUUGGAGAUCGUGCCCACGACGCGUCUGCUCUGGAGUACCGAUGGUCAUUUCCAUCCUGAGACUUUCUGGCUGGCCAACAGACAGUUCCGUCAGUCAUUGGAGACUGUCCUAGUGGAUUACGUGCAGCUGGGGGAUCUCUCGAUGCAACAGGCCUGCGUCGCGACAGUGGACAUUCUCUUUCAGAACUCAAAUCGAAUCUACAAUCUGAACGAGGUGCCUAUCCUCUCAAAAUCAACCUCUCUCUCUCCCCCCCUCUCAUCCCCAUCAAACACUCUGGAUACCUUCCUGAACGCCCACCCCCAGAUUAAAUACAUCUGGAUGCAAUUCUACGACUACACAGCGACCCCGCGCGUACGUAUCUUCCCGGUGCGCGAAUUCCGGCGCAUUGCGCGUCGCGACCGUCGCGUGGGCAUCUGUCUCGCGAUACAAUGGAUGCUCCAGACAGACAGCGUGGCACCGCAGGGCUCUGUGACGGGGCAAUUCUAUCUUCAUCCGGAUCUCACGACGCUGCGCCCAAACGCGGGAUUAACCUCUCCCUCUGCAUCGGUGAUGACUUUCUGGCGGACGGAAGAAGAUACGAUUCUCCCGGGGUGUCCCCGCUCUCUCCUCCAGUCUAUGACGGAAAGGUUUCUGUCGAAAGAUAUCACCGUUACCUGUGGAUUUGAAAUCGAAGUCGUUUUUCUCCGUCUGUCAGAUAAUACCCAGAGAGACACACAGAGAGAUACAAAAGAAUAUAUCCCCAGUGCAACAACCCACUCCUGGUCCCAAAUGACCCCUCACUCACGCCUUCUCCUCCCCAUGCUAGAGGAAAUCACCGAAACUCUCGAAACAAUCAACAUCCAUAUCCAACAAUUCCACGCGGAGUCUGCACCGGGGCAAUUCGAAUUCAUCCUCCCUCCAUCCACCCCCCUCGAUGCAAUCGACUCCCUUCUAACGGCGAGACAAGUGAUCGUCUCCGUCGCAGAGAAGCACAACCUCCGCGCAACUCUCCACCCGCGUCCAUUCCCCUCCGCAGCAGGCACAGCAGCGCACGCACACGUCUCAAUCACCCCUUCAGCAAAAACAACAGAGGAAUCCUUCCUGGCUGGUCUGAUGACGCAUUAUCCGUCGGUCAUGGCAUUUACCCUCUCCAAUGAGGAGAGUUACAGUCGUGUGGAGAGUGGGCUCUGGGCGGGGAGUGAAUGGGUUGCAUGGGGGACGCAGAAUCGUGAAACGCCGGUGAGGAAGAUUGCAAAGGGUCAUUGGGAGAUUAAAAGCCUCGACGGAUUGGCCAAUAUGUAUCUCGCUAUGGCGGCAGUGUUGGCCGCGGGAUGGGUGGGUGUUUCUCGGGGGUUGGAGCUUGGUGUUAGGGAUUGUUUGUAUAAGCUAAUGCUAAGUCUGGAUGCCCUGGAGAAUGACUCCGUUCUGCAGGACGUUCUGGGUCCGGACCUCGUCAAGAACUAUAUCAUCGUGAAGCGGUUCGAGAGGGAGAUGCUCCUAGCCAUGGACGAGGAGAAGCGUCGUCAAUGGUUAAUAGAGAGAUAUUAA